UAAAUAUGGCUAAAGACAAGAAGAAAAAAGGUAAAAAAGGCACUCCUUCAGAAAAAUCCAUAAAAUCCGAAAAAUCAAAAAGCAGCGUUGAACCAGAGCCUGAAGUUCCUGUAGAGAAGCCCAAACUUUUUAAAAACAUAGUAAUACGCAUUGAAUGUUAUCAAAAUGUGAUUGGUGUUUAUCCAUGCAGUGACAUAAAAACUGAAUAUAAAUUUAUGAACUUAUUAGCUGGAGAAACGAACUUAAUUCCAGUUAACAACGAGGCAAAUUUAGAACAAAACUACGAAUUUGUCUUGCAGUGCGAUGUCAACUCUUUUCAGGAACUCACCGAUUUCAUUUCCAAUCCCAUAAUGUUUACGGUUGUACAAUCUAACGGCGUGCUUCAACCUGAAAUAUAUAAACAACACGCGGAAUUUCCCUUAGAGACCAAGAUAUCUUACGAUAGUAUAGUAAGCCUUUAUGAGGCAAUUACUGGUGAGGUAAUGCAAAAGUCACCAAAAAAAUCUAAAAAAGACAAAGGAAAGAAAGAUAAAAAGAAGAAAAAAGACUCUGGAUCAAAAUCAUCUAAGACUUCUAAAGGUUCAAAAGGAUCGAAGUCGUCCAAAGGUUCAAAGAAAACAAGAGCAUCCAAAGUAAAAAAAGAAAAACCACCAGAGUUUCCCCCAGUAAUUUACGGAAUGUGUUCAUUGGAUCUGCUUCCACUGUUUCACGGCAAUUUGGAAUUUUCCGAAACCCUUAUAAUUAAACCAUUAGAACUAUAUAAUGACGAUAGGAUGGUCUCCUAUAAAAAAAUUCCGAAAAUGGUAGUGACUGUUUCGAGUGAAGAUUUGCUCGAGGGGAUCGAUGGAAAACCUAUCACUGUCACUUUGACCAUCGAAUCCAUCUACAAUCUGCCGGAUGUAAUGACCGAUGAUAACAAAUCUUUCGAAGUUUGUUUCGGUUUACCGAUAUAUGCGGAAUAUUACCCUCUGGUGUUUGGAGAAUCUACAUUAACCGAUAAAAUCGAAGAGGAACAAAUGAAAUGUUGGCCUGGAGUAAAGCGACUUGGGGUCAAUGCGAAUACUACAAAAUAUAAAUUAUCAAAUAUAACUGGCGAAAUCAAAAACCGUUGUAACAUCGACAUCGAUGAGGCAAAGGAGGCUGGAAAUUUUCGAAUAAAAUUCAAUUACAUAAAACGCUCAGUUUUGGGAAACGAAAAUUGGGAUGCGUUCAUGGACCACUUAUACCGAUUCAAUAAAAUUUGCAUUGAAAUUUACAUGAAAGAAAUUGAAUCUGUAAACGAGACGAAAAAAUCUAAAACUGGAAGGACGUCUAGCAGAACAUCAAAAUCUAGCAAGAAUACGCCUACAAGUGUCGGAUCUACUCUAGGGCCAGCCACAGAAUAUUUACAUUUAAUGGCUAUUGUGGAUUUGUCAUAUCUUCUUAAUCCAUGCACUUAUAAAGUACGAGUAGCAAGCCCUUUAUCCACUUUUCAGGAGGUUGAAGCAUUUAAGUUUGCAGGUCUAAAGGACUCGUACUUUAGACCAAAACCCAAACCCACGAUGGACACUGUUGAAUCACCAAAAGGUAAGAAAAAAGAUAAAAAGGACAAAAAGAAAGGCAAGAAGGACAAGAAAGGCAAGAAGGGAAAAAAGAAUCUUGAUGACGAUGCACUCAAUCUAAAAUACUUGUUGCCAAAAGAGCCUCAACCUGAACCAGAGAUUGAACCUAGUAUGAAAAUAUAUUCAGAAUAUGGAAAACAGUGUUUUAUAAUUGUCGAAGUAGAAUUAUCGGAAUGCAUUAAGCCGAAAAAACCUGUAGAGGACAUAGCAGAACAAAUGAAAGACUUGCUUCAAAGAGAUAUACUCCUGGGAGAGCCAAGUAGACUUUUGCUUACCAAUUGCGUGACUAGGAAUAAUUAUAAGGAAACAGUAAAGGCUGUUACUUCCGAUUUGACAACAAGAUUUAAUGAUUUCGUUAAAAUUGAAUCUGCUGACAUAGUUGGCUUCAAAAAGUUUUUGAGAGAUGGAGGAUUAUAUGAAAGCUACAUAACUUCUUUGACCGAAGCCGGAAUAAUUUUUGGAGCAAAACAAAUUUCCGAAAAAGAAGAUAUAGACAAAUUCAAAAACAAUUAUUGCGACUCUGUUGGCCAAAUCUACUGUAAUUUGAUAUACGAAAUGAACAUUGCCCUCAAUAAAUUAAUAGGCACGGAUUUACAAUCAGAAGACAACAAACUAACUGAGACAUUAGACCAGAUUGAUUUUUUCGCAAAGGAUGCUUUAAUGAGAGGCAAUACGGAAUUGGCCGAAAAAUACAUACUCGAACGAAUCUGCUACGAUGAGACAAACGCUAAUUUAUGGUUUGAAUAUGCGGUGUUCCUCCUCGAGCUUCAGGAAAAAGACAUGGCUUUUCAAAGUGUACAUGAGGGCCUUCAACAUGACCCGAAAAAUAUGAAAUGCUUGUUAUUAUAUGGCAUACUUUUAGCCGACAAUAACAGAAGAUCUGAUGCGGAGUUAUGUUUUGCAUCAAUAAUCAAUAACAAUCCGUUUAUACCUAUUGAAGUGUAUGGAAUAUUAUACAUUUAUUACGAACAAUUUUCGGAUUAUGUAAAUUGUGACACAAUUAUGGGUAUUAUAAAGAAGUCUAGCCUAGAAAAGAUUUACAACAAAUUUUUUGACGCCGAAGACCUGAUUUGGAGUAAACGACCACAAAUGCAAACACUGUUUUUACGCACUGCAGUCUAUUUGAUGAAAAUGAGGCUCUUCAAUUGGGUGGAGAUGGCUUUAGCUUUUGAAUCUUCUAAACAUCAUGGUGAAAUCCAUUAUUUAUUGGCAGCUAUUUGCUACUACAAGAAACAAUACGAGCAUGCCUUAGAACAUAUUAAAGAAGCCAAAUUCUACUGUGGAAUAGACCACACAAUCGCAAACUUGUCUGGGUUGAUCUAUUUAGCUCUCAAUAACCCACAGGCAGCAAAAGAAGAAAUGCUUUAUACAAUGGAAUCUUUCGAUAAACCAGAAAAUAUGUAUACUAUGUAUGUGAACUUUAGUAAAAGUUUGACUUUACUGGGAGAACACACGGAGGCUGGAAAAUAUUUAUUAUUGGCGUGUAAAGAUAAUGCCACACCUCUUGCAUGGUUGGAAGCAGCUAAACAUAAUUAUAUGAUUGGAGAUUACUCAACUGCGGAAGAAUUUUUGACUGAAGCAAAUAGUUUAGAUGCAAAUUUAAAUGAAAUUUGGGCAUAUUUGUGUCUCACGAAUCUAAAAAUGAACAGAUGUAUAGAAGCGGAAUUUUGUUAUAUGCAGGCUAUUAAGAAUAAAAUAGAAGAUGACAACCUUCUGGAGGAAAUAAAGAGAGAAAUUCUAGUAGCUCGCGAAGAAAGCAAUGUAUGUUAAUGAGUUGAUUAACAUAUUAAAUAAUUUUACUUAA